UCACCCAAAAACCUUAGUUAAAUCAUAUUUCCUUCAAAAAAAAAAAAAAAAAACCUUAGUUAAAUCAUAUCAGAUUCUCAACACUGUUAAUAUUUCAAUUUUUUUUUUUGACAAGAUCUAGGUUGAUAUAACCUAUUUCAUCAACACUAAUCUUUUCCACUUCGAUUAAUUUUCAUUGAUUUUUUCCCCAAUUCAAUUCCAAUUUUAAUUUUUCUCAAUUGGAAAGAUUUAGGGUUUUUGCCGCUUUUUCAAUUUGAAAUUUUGUCAAUUGAUCGCCUUGAGUUUGAGUACUAGAUCGCCGAUUACAGCGAUUUGGUACUCCGGCGAACGGCGGACGUCUUGAUUCUCUUGUUGAAUGUGCUCGAAGUUUAGUUUUUGAUUCUGGGAAGAUUAAUGCAUAAUAAAAUGGGCCCACCUCUUCGCAGUGGGGUUUCGAAACGAUCGAAUGAUAGCGCAAGGCUUGUAAUGACUACUAUUCUAGGUGUUGUUUUUGGGUUCUUCAUUGGAGUUUCAUUUCCUUCAGUUUCUGAUAAGAUUAAAUUAUCUUCAAGACUUAUUUCCUCUUUUGAUGGAAUUUCUAAAAGUUCCGCGAAGUCUCUUGAAGAUCUUGCAUCAUUGACAAUCCCUAAGAUAUAUGUACCGACCAAUCCGCGUGGUGCUGAGAUGUUACCUCCAGGAAUUGUAGUAGGAGAAAGUGAUUUUUUUCUUCGAAGACUGUGGGGUGAACCGAGUGAGGAUUUGAAAAAGAAGCCAAAAUACUUGGUAACUUUCACUGUUGGAUUAGCUCAGAGGGACAACAUUAAUAAAGCUGUAAAGAAGUUCUCUGACGAUUUCCAAAUUUUGCUCUUCCACUAUGAUGGCAAAGUUACUGAAUGGGAUGAGUUUGAAUGGUCCAAAAAAGCUAUCCAUGUCAGUGCUCCAAAGCAAACAAAAUGGUGGUAUGCAAAGAGAUUUCUCCACCCUGAUGUUGUUGCUGCUUAUGACUAUAUCUUUAUCUGGGAUGAAGAUCUUGGUGUUGAACAUUUCAAUGCUGAGAAGUAUAUUCAAUUGGUGAAGAAGUAUGGCUUGGAGAUUUCUCAACCUGGUCUUGAGCCUAAUAAUGGUUUGACAUGGGAGAUGACUAAGAGGAGAGGGGAUAGAGAAGUUCACAAGGAUACUGAGGAGAAACCAGGCUGGUGCUCCAACCCACACUUGCCUCCUUGUGCUGCAUUUGUGGAAAUCAUGGCCCCUGUUUUUUCUCGGGAUGCUUGGCGCUGUGUGUGGCAUAUGAUUCAGAAUGAUUUGGUACAUGGGUGGGGACUGGAUUUUGCUCUGAGAAGAUGUGUAGAACCUGCGCAUGAGAAAAUUGGUGUUGUAGAUCAGCAAUGGAUAGUUCAUCAAGUAAUUCCUUCUCUUGGGAACCAGGGUCAGGCUGAGAAUGGCAAGGCUCCAUGGCAAGGGGUCCGUGAGAGAUGCAAGAAAGAGUGGUCUCUGUUCCAAAAUCGACUUGCAAAUGCUGACAAGGAAUACCUUGCACAACUCGGGAAGGGCUAAUGACUAUUCUUUAUGUGUAGCGUAGCCGCAUGCUAAUGCUGAUCACUUUUGAUCUCUCUACCAGCAUCGUGAUUGGAAGAUUAGUUCAGUUCUUACUAAUGAUGUGCUUUCUGGUUUGGUAAUGGGUAUUCCUUUGGCCUCUAAGGAUAUAGGGAAGAAAUAACUACACAUUGUGCAUAGAAUACUAUAUUAAUGCUAGGUAACCUGUGUAGAUUAUUAUUCUUCCCCACCUUUGCGUCCAAUAUUGCUGUUAUAUUGGAUUUACCCUAGUGGUUGUGUUGCAGAUAUGCGUAGAUUUUAGGGGUCAUCCUUGUAUUAAAUUGUUGUACAAAUUUUGAACAGCUGAGGCAAACUGUUAGAUGAGACUUAGUCCCCAUUCCUUUGUUUUUGCGGAGGCGAGGGAUUGUUCAUCCUUGUGGAUUUCUUUGGGUAGCUUCGUGUUAGAAACAUGGUUGAUGAAUUCUUUCUGCCACAUCAACCGAUUUUUCUAUCUUAAUUCCAGUUCUCUUUCUCUUCA